AUGGCAGCAUCACUCGGAAAAUACGUCUCCAAGCUCGCAGGCUCGCGCGUCCUCGUCAUCGGCGGUUCUUCAGGAAUUGGCUUUGGUGUAGCAGAAGCUGCUAUCCAGAACGGCGCCGCCUCCGUCUUCAUCUCCUCCUCAUCGCAGUCAAAGAUCUUCACCGCCAUCGAGCGCCUCAAGGCAAACAACGAGUCCGCCAAGGCUCAGCUCCACGGAGUGCCCUGCAACCUUGGCUCGCCCGACACCCUCACCUCAGAGGUCAAGAACCUUUUUGCAGAGGUCGCCAAAUCUGGAAAGCUUGACCACGUUGUCUUUACGGCGGGCGACAGGCUUGCUGUUGGGAAGUUGGAGGAUUUCUCGCUGGAUGAUAUCCGACAGGCUGGCACUGUGCGCUUCUUCGCACCGAUUGUCGUUGCGCAGCAGCUCCGCGAGCACCUAAACCAGAGCGACGCUUCAUCUUUCACCGUUGCCACAGGUGGUGCCACUGAGCAUUGCAGCAAGGAUUGGACGGUCAUGUACUCCUACCUCUCAGGUCUACGCGGUAUGAUCCGGGGAUUGGCAGUCGAUCUAGCUCCCAUCCGCGUCAACGCCGUUGCGCAGGGUCCGAUUGAGACAGAGCUCUGGGAUCAUGUCAAACAGAUCGGAUACUGGGACAAUGUCACUGCUCGUCUCAAGGGAAGAAUGACAACUGGGGCUAUUGGGCAGGUUGAGGAUGUCGCGGAGGCUUAUGUUUACUUGAUGAAGAACAAGAACGCUUCUGGUAGCGUUGUUGAGACUACGGGUGGAACAUUGCUGUCUUAG